UUGCCAACUUCUCCAGAUGUAAAUUCUGAGUAUUUGAUCAAUGGAAACACUUAAACAUCCUGAACACAUGUUGGCCUACAAUGGGGAAAUCAUUAUCUUUCAGAUUUCACAAAUAAAAGGUACUUCCAAUGCUGAUGAGCAACAUGUUUUACAAUUUUCAAGAAGAAGAUUUCAUGCAGACUCGGGAACAUUUAUCGAAACAUCUUUUGGACAGCACAGCAUCCAAACCCUUAAAUCUUCAUCUGUUUUUGUAUGCUCUCAAUGUGUCACAGAUGUAAGAACUGGUAUAAAAUUACCUUGCAUUUUGCUAAAGACACGGAAAAGAAAGCGAAGUGGUCCAUCAAGGCUGUUUUUGCUGCUAGUACACAAUUCAAAUGAGGUUGAACUGUGUCUUAAGUUCAAAGUAGACACUGAAUCUAUAGAAGACCUACAUUUGAUUGACGGCCCAACUGUUCUUUGGAGACAAAAUGAAAAAAUCUUUUAUAUUUCAUCUUUGACGUCAGAAAUUUUAACAGCUCCAGUUAAUAUUUCUGCAAUACACUGGGCUGGAACUGUUGAAGAUGGUACUUACGCUUUGGGAGCAACAAAUAUGAGAGGGGAAGGAGGAAACGUACCACGAACUUCUCAUCCUGACAGAACUCUUCAUGGAAGUGAGUUUGUUUUGUACAACUUUGAAAAGCAGACGGUCAUGUCAGGAUCUUGCCUUGUUCCACAUGCAUAUACAAGUGUGCUCUGCUGUCUUGAAGUCUGUACUAUGCGGUGUGAGAAUCAUACAUAUGAAACGUCUUCUUUAGGGGCCAGCCGCAAGCAGUUGAUCUGGUUUGAAAAUGGAAUUCCUAAACGGGUCUGGCAGAUUCCAAAUGAAAAUCUGUCAAUGUUACAAGUUGCAUAUACAAGCCAAGCAGAUGUGUUAUGUAUUUUGUCCUUUGCUUCUGGGGAUGUUUGUGCGAUACGGAAAGAUGAGUUGCAGGCGACUGCAACAUGGCAGCACGUUGUAAGAACGUUGGUAGACGAUUUUGUUGGCAGUGGAUCUGAUCAGAUUCUACUGCUAUUUGAAGAUGAUCCAAGAUUUCCUGCUGGCCAACAAGCGUUUAGGCUGACAGACUGUGCUGAAAUUGACUAUCCAGGUGAUAGCACAGAUGAGAAAAUCACUGAAAAUCAAUAUCCUCAAAGUCAUUUUCUUAUGGUACAGACUCUUGAAGCAAGGUUACAGGCCAGCUUACUAUCACUUGAGGAGAUGGAAAACCACCUUCAGGUACAGGACAGAGUGCUCCAGUCAUCAUGUGAGGCAUUAAUAAGCAUGUCCCUGGGCAAAGAGACAACUGUACACUCUGCAGAAGAGGAAAAUUUGGUUUCACUGUGGGAUGAUUCAGAAAACUGCGAUUACCCUUCUGCAGCAGACCAAUCUUCUUCUGUAGAUCUAGAAAACGUGGUUGAGAAAGUUUGGCAUCGGGUGGUUGAUGACUUUCUGGUGGUUGGUGUAAAAAUGAAAGAAUCUGCCCACUUAUCACUGAAUGACAUUGGCUUAUCUCUUAUAAUGGAUCAAGAAAUAGCUUUACCCUCCCCAGUUACCAAGUGUCAGACUAAUGUGCUAAAAUUGGCCAUCAGUUGUUCCCCAGAUUCCAGUACUCUGCACCACACAGAACCCAUAGCAAAGAAACAAAGGCUCGACUACAAUAGCAAAGAUACUCUUACAGAGAAUUGCUCACAGAGACCCGGCCCUCCGUCCUAUCAAAACGAUUUGGAGCACACAGUUACUGCUGUCACCGAGCUGUCGUCAGUGUUGGCACUUAAUAACACUAGUUGUGCCUUGCUGCUGCAUGCCAGAAGGAAAAAUCAACCUGACUGUUUACUUAGAAGUGAGAGGCUGAGCUUGCCAUGUGGGAGAAUUCCUUUAAGCCUUGAAGAUGUUUUAAAAGGAAAACAUACAAUAAAUGUAUUUGAACACUGUCAAGGAUUGAAGAGUCUCGAAGAUAUUUUUGCAAUACUGUCAGCUUUCCAGAGAUGUUUGCUGCACAUCGUGUCACCUGACUGCACAUUGACAUCACUGAGAGCCUGGCUGCAGGAGCACAUGCAAGCAGAGCCCUUGAAACUCAUGCCUGAACUUAUGAUGUGCACAAGACCUGGAUCCCUAUGUGGAACUCUCUUUUCUUGGCAUGCAAAGACCCCAUGUGAAGGAAAGCUAACUAUAUUUUAUAGAAAUAAUAUUGUUGCACUCCAAUGCCUGCACAGUCUACAAUGCAUUCUUCCUCCGACAUGCUUGGUAAACACACUAAGAUCGGGCAGUAGGCAUAAUCUUACAAGAGACUUGGCUUGCUCUCUGGAGAAAGAGCUGCUUGCCCACAGAAACUUGGUGUCUGCUACAGCAGCUGAGGUUGAAAGUGAAUUGACCCUGAGGUGCCCAACAGACAAUAACACCACACAUACAAUGGACUCUUCUUCUGACUGGAAAGAACAAGUACAAAAGUGCAGAGAAGACCUGGAGAUGAACAAAAGGCAGAUCAGGCUGGGGGAUAAUCUAACUACGAGCAGUGACCUGUACAGGCGCAGUGCAUUGAGUGUGGCGCAGCUUCAGCUGAAUUCCGAUGCACUUAUAUGUAAAAUAGCAAAAGAAUCACAUGUCCAUGUUUAACUUGCUUUGUAUUUUGUGUACUCUAUGUAAUUUGGUUAAUCUCUUUGUUUUCAUA